UAGUUGGGUACGGUCAGUGUUGUUGCACAUGCUUUAAAAAGUCGAAUUUUGUUGGCUCCAAGCAUCGUCCGAGGUUGAUAAUGAAGUCACCAACUUUACCAGGCUCUGCUGGGCCCUCCUGGCUGGGGAUUAGAAUGUCUUAUGAAAAACAAGACACAUUUCUCAAGUUAUUGGUGUUAGGAUCUGCAAUGGUACUAUCAUUCUCUACACGUCUGUUCUCUGUUUUGCGCUUUGAGAGUGUCAUCCAUGAAUUUGAUCCUUAUUUCAACUACCGAACAACAAGGUUCCUUGCAGAAGAAGGAUUUUAUAAAUUCCAUAAUUGGUUUGAUGAUAGAGCAUGGUAUCCACUUGGCAGAAUUAUUGGAGGCACCAUUUAUCCAGGUUUGAUGGUGACCUCUGCAGCAUUUUAUCAUAUUUUGCAUUUCUUAAACAUUACAAUUGAGAUUCGUAAUGUGUGUGUGUUCCUGGCACCUUUCUUUUCUUCCUUGACAACGUUGGUUACCUACCAUCUCACCAAGGAGCUGAAGGCCUUAGGUGUGUUUGGAUUAUGUCAAAUACAUGCAUUCAUUGACUAUGUUAGAUCUCGCCUGUCUAAAGAAUACUUUGAGAUAUUGUUCCGUACAUUGGUAUUGGUAGCUGCUCUGAUUGUUACUGCUGUUGGUGCUGUCUUGACUGCCACUGGAAAAAUCUCGCCAUGGACCGGACGUUUCUAUUCUUUAUUGGAUCCCUCCUAUGCCAAGAAUAACAUCCCUAUUAUUGCAUCUGUAUCAGAACAUCAACCGACAACAUGGAGCUCCUUCUACUUUGAUUUGCAAAUGUUGGUUUUUAUGUUUCCAGUUGGGAUGUAUUACUGCUUUAGCAAGUUGACAGAUGCUAAUAUCUUUAUCAUCAUGUACGGUAUUACAAGUCUUUACUUCUCAGGUGUUAUGGUGCGUCUUAUGUUGGUCUUAGCACCAGUCAUGUGUAUUCUAGCUGGUAUUGGAGUCUCCUCUGUACUCAGCAACUACAUGAAAAAUUUGGACAUGUCGCGUCGUGAAAAGAAAUCCAAGAAAGCAGACACAAGCUACCCACUGAAGAACGAAAUUGCUACGGCUGUAAUUCUGUUAAUGUCUUUGUUCUUAAUGACCUACACCUUUCAUUGUACCUGGGUAACAUCAGAAGCCUACUCUUCGCCAUCUAUCGUGUUGUCGGCUCGAGCUGCUGAUGGUGGACGUAUCAUAUUUGAUGACUUCCGUGAAUCGUACUACUGGCUACGUCAUAACACCCCUGAAGAUGCUAAGAUAAUGUCGUGGUGGGAUUAUGGUUAUCAAAUCACGGCUAUGGCUAAUCGGACAAUACUGGUUGAUAAUAACACUUGGAAUAAUACGCAUAUAUCUAGAGUUGGACAGGCAAUGGCUUCGACAGAAGAGAAAGCGUAUGAAAUAAUGCGCGAGUUGGAUGUGGAUUAUGUACUUGUUAUCUUUGGUGGAUUAACUGGAUAUUCAUCUGAUGAUAUCAACAAGUUUUUAUGGAUGGUUCGUAUCGGUGGAAGUACUGAGAGAGGGGAACACAUCAAAGAACACGAUUACUACACACCCACUGGUGAAUUCAGAGUUGACAGAGAAGGCUCCUCUACAUUACUCAAUUGUUUAAUGUACAAAAUGUGCUACUAUAGAUUUGGACAAGUGUACACUGAAGCAGGUAAACCUACAGGUUAUGAUCGUGUACGUAAUGCUGAAAUUGGCAACAAAGACUUUGAAUUGGAUGUGUUAGAAGAAGCAUAUACAACAGAGCAUUGGCUUGUUCGUAUCUACAGAGUCAAAGAUUUGGAAAACAGAGGCAUUUAAAUAUCAAAAAAAAUCAUUCAUACAAUUGUUAAUCACUUUAGCUGUUUAGAUAAAACAAUGUUACAACAUUACUGUACAUGAUGAGUCUACUGAAAUUUUACACUAAAUUAUUUGUAAUUGGUAUUAGGUGGGCAAUAAGUGCAGUGUUAACACAUUAUCUGCUGAAAGUCCCUAUCGACAAUAAAGUUGAUUAAAAAAUGGCGUCAA